AACAAAAAACGUGUUGGCUACACCUACGAGCUGACACUAAAAGUGAAAGGGGAAUGGCUUGUUGGAGAGCAGAAGAAGAAGGUCAAAGGCCACAUAGAUGUAUUUGAAUUCUCCUUGGGCGAACUGGAUGAUUUGCAGAUCGAAGUAAAACUAAGUGAAGAUAAAGAUCUUUCAAACGAAGAGAAGCAGCAGAUCCACAAGGAAUUGAAAUUGUUUUUGCAGCCUCUUCGGGAGAAAUUACUUCAAUUUGAGCAGGAACUCAGAGAUCGGUAGUGAUGAGCCUUAUUAUUUUAUAGGUACUCGGGUUGUAGUUUCAACUAGCAUUUCUAUGUCAAAAGAUUAUAGCGGAACAAAAAAUUAGAUGCCAACGUCUUUCAAAUUCUUGUGAUGGACAAUUAAGCUUGAUAGUUACUGUGUUUCCAUUGUUUAUGGCAAUGGGUGUAAUGCUACUUUGCAAUGUUCUACGUGGUAGUGUUGACUUAUUUGAUUUACCGGAGUUGUUUUUA